CGAAAAAGCCCAUCGCUUUGCUUCUAAUCCUCGCCCCUCGUCGCUCCUCUAGCCCCUCUUCAGCUUCCAAGUUCUCUGCCUCGGCUUAACUCAGCUAGCUCGAUCUCUCGUGCAAAUGGCGGAGGAGCAGCAGGAGUACUCAGAGGAGGUGAUCAUCGUGGGGGCGGGGCCAUCGGGCCUUGCCGCGGCGGCGAGCCUGUCGGUGCGCGGUGUCCCGAGCCUGAUCCUGGAGCGGGACAACUGCGUGGCGUCGCUCUGGCGGAACCGGACCUACGACCGCGUCCAGCUGCACCUGGCCAAGCACUACUGCGCGCUCCCGCACUUCCCUCACCCGCCUUCCGCCCCGACGUACCUCCCGCGGGCCGAUUUCAUCCGCUACCUCGACGGCUACGCGGCCCGCUUCGGCGUGCGGGCCGCGCUGGGCCGCGAGGUCCGGGCCGCCCGCUUCGACGCGGCCCGCGGGCUCUGGGCCGUCGACGCCGUCGACGCCGCCACCGGGAAGAGCGAGCGGUACGUCGCCAGGCGCCUGGUGGCCGCCGCCGGGGAGAACGACCGGAUGGUGCUCCCCGAGGGCCUGCCCGGGAUGGAGACGUUCCCUGGCACGGUGAUGCACGCCGGGGAGUAUAGGAACGGGAAGGGGUUUGAGGGGAAGAGGGUGCUUGUUGUUGGGUCUGGGAACUCUGGCAUGGAGAUCGCCUACGACCUCGCCGUCGCCGGCGCCGCUGCCUCCGUCGUCGUCCGCAGCGAGCUUCACCUGGUGACCAAGGAGAUCUGGAACGUGGCGAUGACGCUGUACAGGUACCUGCCGGUGUGGCUGAUCGACCGGAUCGUGCUGCUCUUGUGUGCCGUCGUGCUCGGGGACACCUCCCGCUACGGCCUCCGCAGGCCCGCCAUUGGGCCCUUCUCCAUGAAGCUCCAAACCCCCGCCUACCCCGUCGUCGACGUCGGCACCUACGCCAAGAUCAAGACGGGCGAGAUCCAGGUCCUGCCGGCGAUGAAGAGCGUGGACAGGGACGUGGUGGAGUUCGCCGAUGGCAAGAGGCACCCGUUCGACGCCAUCGUAUUCGCCACCGGCUACCGGAGCACAACCAAGCAGUGGCUCAAGGACGACGGGCUGAUCGGCGAGGACGGGAUGGCGAAGCGCAGCUACCCAGGGCACUGGAAGGGGGAGAAUGGGCUCUACUGCGCCGGGAUGGUGAGGAGAGGCAUCUACGGGAGCUACGAGGACGCGGAGCUCAUCGCCGAGGACAUCAGCAACAACAAGAAGCGCCAGAGCAAGCCUGAUGAUCAUGAGAAGAGCAAUUAAUUAGUGGCUUUUAUGGCUGCAGAUUGAUCGAUGCAAUGAGUUGACAAUGAA